CUAACUGGGGAGUUUGCGGAGUGAACGCACCGUUUUUUAAUUUUCCUCUCCGUUUUUAUCUUACUUUCUUUGUUUGGGGUAUAUUUUGUGUGUCUAUGUAAGAGUUUGCUCCAAUUGUUUUCUGAUAUGGCUGAGAUGCCGCCGCCGCAGAGACAGCUUGUCGAAAUAGACCCGGACUUCCAGCCUCUCUCACGCCCGCGCUCCUGCACGUGGCCCCUGCCCCGGCCGGAGGUCCUGGAGCCCGCCAGCUCCAACACCUCCUCCCCGGCACCGGCGGUCCAGCAGGAAGCGGGAGUGAACCCCGAGUUCAUCAGUAACCUGGGCUUGCUGGAGGAGACCGGAGACUACGCAGAGUACGCGGAGCAGAAACCGCCGGUGCUGUGCGGUGACUUCCAGUGCCGGGAGGAGAGCUGCGUCCACCUGCAGGUGCGGCCGCACCCCCCUCAGCAGCUGCAGCAGCAGCAGCAGCCCCCGGGACCCCAGCUCCCGCAUCAGCACCAGCAACAGGUGCCUCCUCCCGGUGUGGCUCCGCUGGGCGCCGCCGGCCAGAGGAAAAGCAGCUCGUCCCGUCGUAACGCCUGGGGGAAUAUGUCGUACGCCGACCUGAUCACCAAGGCGAUAGACAGCUCACCUGAGAAGAGGCUCACCUUGUCUCAGAUUUACGAAUGGAUGGUCAAGAGCGUGCCUUACUUCAAAGAUAAAGGAGACAGCAACAGCUCCGCGGGCUGGAAGAACUCCAUCAGACAUAACCUGUCCCUGCACAGUCGUUUUGUGCGCAUGCAGAACGAGGGGACCGGGAAAAGCUCCUGGUGGAUGCUGAACCCAGAGGGGGGAAAGAACGGCAAGUCACCUCGUCGCAGAGCUGCCUCAAUGGACAACAACAGUAAGUUCGCCAAGAGCCGAGGAAGGGCCACAAAGAAAAAGGUGGGUCUACAGGAAGGUGCUGAAGGAGGAGCAGGCAGCCCGGGCUCCCAGUACUCUAACUGGCUGGGAAGCCCCAACUCUCACAGUAAUGAUGACUUUGAAGCCUGGAACACCUUUAGGACACGUGCAAGCUCCGAUGCUAGCACCCUGAGUGGCCGCCAUUCCCCCUUCAUCUCUGAACAGGACGACCUGGGGGAGUCUGAUGUCCACAUGGUGUAUCCUGGAGGGGCAGGGACCAAGAUAGCAGCCACCCUGCCCAGCCUGUCUGAGCUGACUGGAUCUAUGGGCCAACAUGGCUCAGAGAAUGUCAUGGAGAGCCUGUUGGAUAACCUUAACCUGCUCUCUCCCAAGAACCCCCAGAUGAGCUCUGAUGCCUCACAUUCCUCAAACUCUGCUAUGCUUCAGAAUAGCCCCUACAACUCCGCUGGCAUGGCUCCCCAGCCACAGCAAGACUACCAUAAGUGCCUGUAUGGCCAGGUGAGGAUGAACUCCCUGUCCCCUGUCCCUUUACAGACUAUUCCUGAUGCCAAGUCUGGCUUUGGGGCAUUCGAGAACCAUUAUAACUGCCCUCCAGGCCUCCUAAAGGAGCUGCUGACUGCAGAUGCAGACCCCAAUAGGGACAUGAUGCCCCCUAGGGAAGCAGUGGUAUCUCAGGCUGGGAGGGGAGGGUGCCUACUGCCCAGUUACAACAGCCAAGGUCAGGUUGGGGGACAUGAUCGAGUAAAAAUAAUGAAUCCUCCUCAGACUCACCCAGUUCCACAGGUGCAUCCACAAGCUAUACAUAGCCAGGCCCCUUCAGCGUCACGGGACAUGAAUAGCUGCAAGAUGAUUCCUCUGACUAACCUGGCUGGUCUUGCAGGGCGUCCUCCUCAAAUGACCAGCCUGAGGACAUGUAUGCAGCUGCCCCAUAGCCACUCAGUACAUGCUAAUGGUGUUCCAACUGGCUACGGCGGCACUAAUGGCUACAGUGAACCCGGGUCAGCUCACCCCCAUACUCAUCACCAGGAGCGGCUGCCCAGUGAUCUGGACAACAUGUCCAUUGAGAGGUUUGAAUGUGACAUGGAGUCUGUCCUUCAUGACACGCUCAUGGAUGGAGGGGCGCUGGACUUUAACUUUGACCCCACAGCUGGCCCACAGGGGAUUCCCCAGAGGGUGAAGACUACCACACAUAGCUGGGUGUCAGGCUAGGACACAUGGUGGAUCAUAUUACCGACACCCAAAUAGGUUUACCUAAGCAGGAUGUCACUACUCGCCUUCAGUCAGAGAGAGGAAAAAAUGAAUCCAAAGAAGCCACUACCAUCCCUUUCCACACGCAGAGCGUCUGACACAACUGCCAAACUGUACAUGUGUCCUGAGUUACAGGUCUGUGUAUAACAGUCUUAUUGAAUAUUGCUGGGACAAACAUGAAGCCACACUCUAUUUACAAUAAACAGUAGACAACAGAGACUGAUAAUUUCAUCUGGCCUUAUAGUCUUGUGUAUACUGUUGCCAAGAUAAAACAGUGAGAAAUGCUGUUAGUCACAACAGUAUCAAGGAUGCUGGAAAUAAUUUUUAUUUGCCUUAUCAAGUUACUUCACAAACCAACAUGAUUGAAUUAAAGCCUGCAUUAGCUCUGUUUACAAUUGCUUGUC